AUGAGUGUAAAAGUAAUAUAUUUUAAAUGUGAUUUAAAACAAAAAUCACACCGUUAUAAGAUCUUUUGGCGCUCGAGGAUAGAGGGUUUUCACCGCCCAUUAAUCAGAUAUCGGAAUUCGGCCUUGCGCGCCAGUUCGGUUUUCCCUCUGGAAGGUUUGUGCGGAGGAGAUCACCGGGCUGCGCGUACCAUCCGCCGAGCACUAAGCAUGUUGUCCAUCUGCCUGGGGAGUCGUUGAUCAAGAGAGGGAUGGUAGUUGGGGGUGCUUCUCACCACUGUUGGUCCAUGCACGUCCCCUGUCGCUGGCUCUGGAGGUGUCCUCCCAAACUAGGUCCCCGGAGGUUCAGGAAAAAGGUGCGCUGCCUCCCGCCUGUGAUGCUCCUCUGCGCUAGCUCGGCCGCAAUGUCUGAGAUGGUGCGCUUCUCUUGUGUUUUAGAUACACGGUAGUUCAGUUUACUUGUAUACAUUUUUUGGUCUUAUUUCGUUUCGUGGAAUUGUUGUCAAAUGUUCUUCACUUGGGGGUGGGUUCAUGAGCUGCUCGGGUCCUUGAGUCACACGUCUGAAGGAUAAUUACUAAUUAAAGUACAAAAGUGUAGUUUAUUCUCAGUCAACACGUAGUUGGUGAUGCCGGAACAACUUACGUAUUGAAAACAAGCAUACGGGGAUGGUUCCAAGUGCAGUAAUACUGGUAGCACGUUUCUGCUGUUGAUAAAUCAUUCACGAAUUUACCAUCUGUAGUGGUCGUCUUUUUUUCCCUGUCCAAUAUGUGCAUCUUAGAUCUUCUCCGUCAUCGCCAUUCAUUCCAAAUGAGAAAUCUAUCCACAUUUAUAAGAAUCAUCCUGCGCUGCUUAAAAUGGAGAGCAGGAUUAUUGGUAUGUAAUGAAGUAAUGCGUUUGUGCUUCAGUUAACGACAUAGAUAUAUUUGUUCUUUUUGCGGCAAGCAGCUGCUCCUGAUUAGAGCUUCUGAAAUAUAUCAUUACUUUACUACUUUUUAACGAUGUCAUGCUACUCAUUCUGAAGUCUUACUGAAUCAUUGCUUAUCAGGGAGCUUCUGAGAUGUUCAUUAGUGCAGCUAAAGGUUCAUCAAAUGCUUACCAGGACAGAUUUCUGAAGAACAGCAUGGAAACAUCUUCCGAAAGUGUAAGGGCAACUCCUCAAAACAUGCUUGUUGAUUCUUCAGAGCCCAGAAAGAGUGAUGCGAAUUGUAAUACAUCAACUGGUCGAGUAAUGCUUAUUGAUGGAACUUCAAUCAUGUACAGGUCGUAUUACAAGCUCCUGGGUAUGCCCUCCUUGCCACCAAUUCUAUUGUUCUCGUGGCAGUCAAGUGUAUUUAUCAUAUUAUUUGAUAUCCGUAUUUUUUUCACUAUUUCUUGUGAAACAUACGGAGUUUUUACUUUAUGCUAAUUGAACUUUCUAGAUUAAGAGAGAAAAAUCAUCCGCAGAAUGGAUGUCAAGGGCAUGUCAACUCUGAUACCUGCACCUGUAAUUGUUGAUUUUGGAUACAUGAUGAAAAAUAAAUGAAGAAAAAGGACUGAAAAACCUGCCUCUUUUGGCAGAGGUGUAUAUCAUAUUAGAUACGAGAUUUAUUGACUAUAGUGAAUACUAGAUGAGAAACCAUCUAUUCAGUCAAGAGGGAAAGAGUAGGUUGUUUGAUUCAAGUUGAACUCUGAAUGUUCACUGACAAUGAAAUUUACACCAUAGAGGAUAAAUGUAUUUGCUUUGCAACUGCAGCAUGCAUUUUCAUUGAGCUCGAUGUCUCAACACGUCAAAUUGCAUAUGCAAUGCGUCAAAUUAAAUGUUGAUAUGCGGCAAAUAACAUCCGUUCUUGCAUCUCCUUAUUUAUGUAAUUUCGACACUUUUGUUCCUUUUUUUGGUUUACAACCAGGGUAUCUUUUCGAAUUUUUUUACAGCAAAGUUGCAUCAUGGCAUGCUUGAGCAUGCUGAUGGAAAUGGAGACUGGGUUUUGACCAUUUUUACUGCAUUAUCUAUUGUAAGCUCUUCUCGUUCUGUCUUGACUUUCUGCUGAUCAUUUCUCCUGCAAAACAUUGCUAUGGCUCCUUUUGUUUAUUGCCAGUUCUUAUAUUAUGUUUCUCAAGUGAUGCAUGAUGUUCCAAUUUUUUUCUUUGAAAAAACAUAAUCACUGCUCAUAGCAGAAUGUCACUGACCGAAUCAAGAUGUUUUGUAAUGCGUCACAUUGAUUUCAGUCUUCCUAUGUGAUAGACAAAUUUCCAUAUUGAAAGACAACUUGGUUCAGGCCAUCACAAACCAUCGUGCAAAAUACCGUAUAAAUUUCAAUUUUUUAAUUAGAAAUCUGCUCCCAUCCAUUACGCUCUCCUCCCAUACCCAACACAAUUAAAAAUCUGCUCCCCCUCUUGGGUAGGUGCAUUCCUUUUGGCUGCUCUUCCUUUGUGUUCCUCUGUGAAACAUCCCCUUCUUCAUUCCACAAGUCUGCUGAAACCCUCCUCUUAUCCUGUUGCUUUCCCCAACCCCUGGCUGGCAGGGCAUCCCUCAAUGAUCAAUUCCCCUCCCCUGACAUUCUACUCUACUUAUGCAAUAUUUAUGCUUUUUCAUGGACCAUCGUGUAAUCACUUUAGUCGUUUGCUUGGAUCUUAUUUAUGUUCCCUCUUUGCUGCAAGUUUUCUUAAGUGAAAUAACAUCACGAAUGUGAUAAGUUCAUGCUACAUCGUGCUUAUUUUAAUUUUAAUUUGGAGUUGUUCUUCCUUUUUCCUGCAGCUAAUUGAUGUGCUAGAAUUCAUCCCUUCACAUGUUGCGGUAUGUCCUUUUGUUUCCACAUGAGACUACUCCACUUGCUGUGGCUGUUUUAAUGAUCUAUUUCUACCUGUAUCCGUAGCUAUUGGAAUACCUAUGAGCAUAACAAGGGAACAUGAUUAAAAUGCGGUCAUGUGCCCAAGUAUAGAAUAAUUGUUUUUAACUAAAGAAUUUGUUCGGUUUUUUCUUGUAAACAGUAAAAUAGGUUUUUUUUUUCCUUGUUUGAUUACGAGAUUUGUCUGAGGGAAAAUUUCAGAAAGCAAAUUAUUUCGAGAUUCUUCCUGAUGGCUUGUUUUUUAUGCCUUUAUAUGUGCAUCUUGUCCUUACUCCGAGCUCAUUAUGAUUUGGACACGAAUGCUCCCGUCUUGAUCUUAACUCCUUGGUUCAAUGUUUUGCGUUUCUUCCACAAUUUCCGUUAACUUGUUUCUUGUUUUUCAAACUAAUAGCUAUUUUUUGAUUUCCCUGUCAAAAAGUAUGCAUUCUCUUUUGUUUGUGCAUUAUCCAUUUUCAACAAGUGAUCAAUGAUUGUUCUUCUAAUGCAGGUGGUAUUCGACCAUGAUGGUGAGAUGCCAUUGAUAUUCUUCUUUCGGUGACUUUUUUCCUGUUGACAUUUCCCUUGUAGAGUUUACUUAUGUGGUGCAGAAUAAUAUUUUUCUAUGUUCAUAUUUUGAAACAAAAUGAUCACAUAAUUUUGACUUGUGCUUAAACCUUAUGUGGUGAGUCUCUGUACAAAACACCGAAUCCUUAUUGAGGCAUAACUUGAGAAAUCAUAUUUUGAGUCAUCUCUGAGUGUACGUCGAAGUUUGAUUUCAUAACGUUUCUGUUUUUAUUUCGUUGGACACAUUUUUGAAAACCAGUGUGGGAUGCAAUUUUUUUCUUUUUCUUUUACUUAAUUAAGUCUACAACAUGUACGAGCCUGGGGGCGUUCUUGACCUAAAAUACCUUUUUCGAAUUUUGAAGUAUUCUUCGACCAAUUUUUCCCAUCUCUACCUUUGCCUGCUAGUGAGCACCGUUGUCACCUAAUAACUAAAUUUGAGCCUUUAUUCUUUUUUCCACUUAUUUGUGCUCUUCUUAUAGAUUUACGUUGUCAGUUAGUCAUUGUACUAAUGGCGAUGUUCUUUAUUUCUUCAACUGAUGGUGUUAUUCUGAACUGGCGUUAUGCUAGCAGGACUCAAGCCAGGCUUAGUGAAACUAACCACUCAAUUGGUUUUCUUUUGCUUCUGCUAGAAUGCAAUCCAUGGAAAGAUUCUAUGCUAACGUUGCCAUCUCUUUGGAAAGAUCUAAUCAACAGAAGAUUUGGGUGUUUAGCUUUAAAGCUUUCAGAUUUGAGUAACAGUUGAGUGGUCCACCUUUUUUUCAGGAAUUCCAUUUGGUCAGACAACACAUAUGCCAUCCAAAGAAAAUCACAUGGCAAAAGGUAUGAUUUAUCCCUUCAGGAUAUUACGGAGUGUUGGGGACAAAAACUAACCACUCCAUAGGUUUGCACUACUAUUAGGUGACUUCAGUGGAAGUCUUAUUGGGUCACAUUAUAGUGGAGUGAGCUUAGCAAUUUUUUUCUGCCCAAAACCCUGUCCCAAGAGAUUAUACAUUUUCUGUUUUGUUUUUCCACUUCAGCUUCAGUACUGACAAUCUUAAGUCCGGGUUCUUAACCCAUAAAGUCAGAAAAAUGCUUUCAAGGCAGGGCUUAUUAUCAGUCUCAGACCCGUAGGUUUGAGUAAUUGGGGAUUUUCAUAUUUAUGGGCCUCUCUACCGUGUCCCAAUAGGUUUUUAUUUGGAUACAGUGUUUGCAGUAUAUGGGAUACAGUGGCAUGGAAACCUUGUAGGGAUAGACCAGGUGGUUGCUGAACACUAGUUGUGGAUUACUCCAUGCUACUUGUCAUCGCUACGAAACAAUCAGUACUUUAGAUCCAUGCACAGGAGCAGAGAUACCUAUACUGUUCAUCCCCUCAUGAUCCAGGGAGCAUCAACCAACCCUUAUUAGAUCUUGUAUCAUUGUUCUCAUUGACUCAUUAUGUAGCCCUACAUUCACACAAUCAGGAUCUCAUAAACUGGCUUGGAGCUUGAGCAUGUAUACUAAUUGGAUAAGUAUGAAUUAGUUGGAGGUUUAAUAAUGGAAUGAGCCUGGACAUCUGGGUGCAAAUAUCUAAACAUCUAUUGGACUGUUUAGACUCAUUAAUGUAGUUUAUUAUGGCGCAGUAUCCCGUUGUAUGCACAUGUAUAUACGAAGAUAUUUCUUUUCUUCAUCAUCCGAAGAUGCUUGUUGAGAAGAUUUGAGUGAAGCUUUGCUGACCAAUGAUUUUUGGGUUAUUCGCUCCAUAAUUGUUGAUCAGGACUAGCUGGGUUAUGCUUCAUGCUGAUGUAACGCGAUGUUCGUUGUAUUCUUUAUUCCAUAAGCAUGGAAAAUAAAUUUAUACUCUUUGUGGAUUUUUAGAUUUAUUACGGCCGAGAAGAACUCGAGAGAACACCUUUCAUGUGGUAUUCUAAUUUAUAUAUGCGAGUGCAAGCUUCGAAGAAUUUAAAAAAGAAAUACAGAACAUAAAAAAGAGCUAUACUGGGAAUAUACUAUCCUUUCUCGACAGAAGAAUUUUUUGGAACGGAUCAACAUUUCAGUUGAAACCAUCUCUUAGUAAUCACGAUCUGUUGCCAUAAGAUAUUGAGAACCCUUUUUUUGCGAAACCAAUGUCAAGUGCUGCCAAGGGGAUAAUCCUCAAACUGUCCAUCCCUUGUCAUUAGUGAUUGGGGUUGAUACUUUGGGGUUUGGACUUAUGUCACUUGUUGAGAUGAUGGAUUUUAGAAUUUGAUAUUUGUUGUAAUGUGGUCUGUUGCCCCUGAGUCCACUACCCAAUUAUUAGAAAUAUUUAUAGAAGAGGCUCUAACUCCAAGAGGGUGAUGAAACAUACCGGGCUGAAUUGAUGAGAACUGUGUCACCGUCAACUUCAGUUUUUUUAACUCAAUUCGAAGUCGCUCUAUAUCCUCAAUCUGAGGAGAAGAAGAAUGUUGAUUGGUUUGGGAAUCUGAGGGCUUUCCUGCAAUAUGUACACCACAGAUUAUCACGAAAAUCAGUUUUCUGAUUUCUUCCUUGACCAUUGCUGAGACCGUUUAGCUUGAUCUGUGGCUUUCUUCAUGAUUUCUUCCUGUUUAAUCAUAAAUGCAAUAUUGUCAAUUUCAGGCCCCGCCAACAUUAAUUUCUGACGACUUUCCUCAUUGAAAAUGAUUGAAAUGCCUCAUCUAAAUCACAUUUCCUUUCACGACUCAAAAUUUGUUGUCUAACCUGAUCAAAAAGAGAAUUAAGUCCAGCCAAAAAUUUAAACACUCUUCUUCGUUCUAUAAAUUUUUGUAAGACCGCAAUUUCUGUAUGUUUUUCUUUAUCAAUAUUGAGAUAAUAAUCGAUUUCCUGUCAUAAAAUUUUCAAUUCUCCUGCAUAUUCCAUCACAGAUUUAUUUCCUUGAAUUGUGGACAUGGAUUUUGUCUCAAGUUCAUAUAAAUGUGCCUCAUCGUUUCUUUGUGAGAAUUUCGUGUGAACUGUUUCCCACAAAUCUUUGACUAAUUUGGGGAAUCAUUGUUUCCCAUAAGAAUAAAAAAUCUUGGCUAAUUUGGGGAAUCAUUGUUCCCUAAAGUCAGGUUUUGAUUAAUACAUCUUCUUCUUUCAUCUACGAAAUUCAUGAGACGAUGGAUCUGGUUUCCCCUCAAGACCUCUCGAACAUAUUCUGACCAUUGAAUUAGAUUGUAUCCAGUCAAUUUGAACUCUGCAGGCAUUGCAGGACGUUCUAUGAGUAAUCUUGGGCCACUAGGACCAAGAUUAACUUCCUUCGUGGAGGUUAGAUCUCUCACAGAUAAUGAAGAAUUGUCUCCCACAUUCUCCAUUUAAAGAAAAAUAUCCAUAUUCACGAAAAUUCCAAAUUUCAUGAACAAAUCUCAAUAGAGACAAGAAGAAACGGUGCAAGAACUGUAACAGACAAGUAGAUCAGUGCGGAAGCAAAAUGGAGCGAUCGCACCUGGAUUCGCUCUGGAAGAGACACAGCAAAGGAAAAGAUCCCUUGCCAGAAGUGUACGAUGCCAGUAACUCUAGCAGAUGAUGGAGAAGAACGUCGACAAAGCAACGCCAACCUGUGAUGAGACUGGAAAAACAGGGUUUAAAACCCUAGACUCGCUCUGAUACCAUGUAGUCGGGAUAACACACGGUCUGGAGCUCUGAUAGACGCCUAACACUUGCGGAAGAAGAACAAAUUCUUUGUUGAUCAAGAAACUCACAUUACAAGGAAAGCAGGAUCCAGUAUUUAUACUAGAUCCCUAGGAGGUUCUAGACAUACUGAGUUAGACACGAAAAAUAAAAGAUACAGGAGGACAUAUCUGUAAACAUGUAAAGUAUACAGGUUAUUAAGUUACAUCUCGACAACAGUAUUAUAGCGGUUGUAGAAGUCAGUAUUUUCAACUGUAGGAAAACAAGAGGUUAGAAUAGUGAACUCUGUCGGAAAUUAGUAUUCUUAUCUUAUAUACAAGAAUUUAGGUGGUCAUAUAUGGGACUAAUAGUGUACCAAAUGUCCCAACAUGAAAUUUUGGGGUUUGUCUUAAACCCUCAGACCUUACCAUAAAAUCCGUGCUGAAGAUCUCACCUAAAAUCAAUCCUGGUUUUUGGAAAUUAGUUCUGGAGAGUUGUAUGGAUAAUAAUUUUUGGUGUUGUUCAGAUGUUGUGUUGUGAACAGUGGCCCAAACCUAGGAGGAUAUGCAGAGGAAAAACUCAACUGGUAUUCACAUCAUAUACGACUGUUAUAUACAAGUGCCAGGGCCACAAAAUAAGGAAACUACCUAACAACUGAGAAACGACAAACUAGGAGACCAAUCAACAAACUGGGAAAUGGUCUGACUAAGAACCGAACUCCUAAUUAUACAUUUCUUCCCAGGAAACUAUUUCAGUCUCCUUAAUACUUUAAUCUCAAACAAUGACUCAGAUAUUGUCUCUCUUUAUCCUUAUUCUCAGUCACUAUUAUACCAUCAACAUAUGCCAAAAGAGCUGUGAGUCUCCUUAAGGAUGAGUAUUUAGCGAGCAGUGUGUGAUUCUCUUGGCUCUGUCUAAACAACAUGGCAAUCUUAGCUCUUGCAAAUCUAUCAUACCAUGCCUGAUGUGAUUGCUUAAGUCCAUGUUCAAUUUGCACGCUGUAUGAGCAGCCAAAUUAUUUCCAUAACCUGGUGGAACCUCCAUAUAAAUUUCUUCCUCUAGAUUAUUGUGGAAAAAUACAUUUUUUUAACAUCAAACUGCUGCAACUCCUAGUCAUAGUUAGUUUUUAAUAACAACGGAAUGCUUGGCAGUAUUCAUCUUUAUAGAUGGAGCAAAAGUUUCUAAGUAAUCAAUGCCAUAUGUUUAAAUACAACAAACCCUUGGUAACUAACUAAGCCUUGUAUCUUUUUGUAGAUUUGUUUGCUCAAUACUUCAGUGUAGCCCAUUUGCAUCCCACGGGUUUCUUUCCCCCUGGCAGCCUGUCUUACUCUCAAGAUUUAUUUUUCUCUAAUGACUCCAUCUCUUUAUUUAUAGUUUAUUUCUAUUCCUUGCUGGACAAAGUUUCAGAUAAGUUGGUAGGGAUGACAAUGGUGUGUAACCUAACAAAGAAGAUUUCAAGAACGUUCAAUGGACAGGAAGUCUGCAAGAAUGUUUUAAGGAAUUUGUUGUAUAGUUUUUCUUGUUAUUGCCUUUCAGGUUCAUCUAGUAAUAUGAUUUUCUUGAUUAUUGAUUAUGCACAUACAUCGAUUUGCAAUAGUUUCUCCUCCUAACAUUAGUUUCUCUUUGAAGGCUCAACUUUUCGUCACAUGUUGUACCCAUCUUACAAGAGCAACCGCAUUCCCACACCUGAUACUGUUGUUCAAGGUCUUCAGUAUCUGAAAGCAUCUAUUAAAGCCAUGUCCAUCAAAGUAAUCGAGGUAGGCAUGCAUUUACUAACAGGCAGAAUAACAAUGGUUUAUUUUAUGAUGAUUUAAUUAAAAUUCACAGGUUCCAGGUGUUGAAGCUGAUGAUGUUAUUGGAACUCUUGCUGUAAACAGUGUUGCAUCAGGCUUCAAGGUUUUUCUUUAAUUUUUUUUCUUUUGCUGUUUUCCGGAACUUGAUGUUUAAAACCCUGUAAUUUUCUUUCUGUUCCAGUUACCAUAUUUUUACAAUUAUAAAAAGGGGAUUGUUUUACUUAUCGCUAGCUCCUCUUUUUUUUUGCUGCAUGGUUUCCCUGUCACAUUUUCCUAUUGCUUGAUCUAUUGUUUGUAACAUCAAAUAUCAUUGGGAUCUGGAAUUGAGAAUCAUUUGAAUACUCUAUUGUGAAAACCUAUGAAAAGACAUUAGAUAAGAUUGAACAAAAUGUUGGAAAUCCUGUGUGAUGUUGACAUUAAUAUUAUGUGUUUACUGUCAAGAAACUCUCUUCUUUUUAAUAUUACCGAUUGAGCUUAUGACUUUUUUUAUUUCUUCAUUUUGGACUGUUUCUGUAAUGUUGCAUUGUGCAUGAUAUAAUGUAGAGCUCUUAUUUUGUUUCGAAGGUGUUGCUACCUAUUUCUUAGUGGUUUAAGAUUUUGUUUGUUCUUUACAAUUUACAUCCAUUAGAGCUUGACCGUACCUUUUUCAUUUACGUCCAUUGGCCUUUGUUAACUACGUAUCAGGUAUUGCAGUUGCCAUCCUUUCUACUGAAGAUUAGCACACUUCACCGUCUAUGUUCCCAAUAAAACGUUGGGUUUCUAAUUAACUAGAUAUGGCUUCUAAAUUUUUAAGUUUUACCUUUUCGCUUUUUCUUUGUCAGGUGAGAGUUGUCUCUCCAGACAAAGACUUCUUCCAGAUCUUGUCACCCUCAUUACGCCUUUUGCGUGUUGCCCCACGUGGACCUGGGUUAGCAUUAUAUCCAUCUGAAAAUUACUUGAUCACAAUUAAUGGUUUGUUUUGAAUAUUAAUGUCUGCCUAUUUAUUGAAAUUCCUCAUUUACUGCAUGUAAAUAGACGAAAUUAUUUUGUAAAUAUUUCUGAUUUUAUAUUUGACAAAGGUUGAUGUGGUGUGCAAAUACAUACAUUGGUAGUGGCACAGCUUCAUCCUGUUCUCACAGUUGUCAUAAAUUUAUGGAAUUGUCAAAGUUUAUCUAUGAUAACAUGGUAUAUCAAUGUGUAUUUCUCAGCAGAAAGCCACUAAUUUAUGUAGUCUGUUGAAAAAUUUCAUCACUGUGUUAUUGGAAUCAAUGACUUGAUUUCUCAAAUAAUAAUUUCUUUAAAUUUGCUUUAACCUAGUUCGGGGGCAGGCAAUAAAAUGAUACCUCUCUAGAGGAUUAUUACUAAAACGUUGCAAGGUCAAUCAGUCUCUUACCGGAAUGUUCUUUUUUAUGUGAGUGUGCCACGUGUCCUCUCUGGAGAGAAGGCUUCACAAAGCCACCUAUUAAAGGAUCUGACAUUUUAGUGGAUGAGAUGGACAAGAACUUUUUUGCCUUAAAAUAAAAAAAGUAAAAUUUUAUUUCUACGGUUGAAGAUAAUUGGAAUGAAGCUCUAUUGUUUUUAAGGACGAUCUGUUGGUGAUUCUCUCUUGUUUUAAGAAGAGACAAAGAACGAAUUUUUUAGUCGUGCUGGUUUUUUGAAAAAUAUUGGAUUUACCUCGUGGGUAAUGAUUAGGAUUGAUCUUCAGAGGCUGGUUUCCAGGCAUCUUAUCUUGAUGCCUUCUCUCGUUCCUUUUACUCAUCUGAUCUGUAUGUUUCAUUCUGUGCAAACUCUCGUUCCUUUUAUCUGUUUUCAGUUCCUUCACUUCCUGGUGUCUGGUGUUAUGGAUGUCACCUCAUUGGGGGCUGUUUCACGCUAGUGAAUACAUUUCUGGUUAUAACACGUGCUGAAUGUGUCAACAGUAGGUGGAGGGUGUGGUUCACUAGCUGUUAAAAGGUCAUUCUUGAGUUGCUGAAUCGCUCCCCCUAGAAAGCUGUAGUGCAAUUCAAGUCAUCUACCUAGUAAAGAGGGGAAGAUUUUUCUGUCUUCUCUUGUAUGAAUGAAAUUAAUCAAAUUGAAGAGCACCUUAUGUUUUGAAAGUAUCAAACUGCACCAUUUGUAUGACAGGUCGGGAUGAGAAAGCCAGAGUUUUUUCAUGUGUUGAUCUCAAUAGGACUUGAAGUCAUCAUUACAUGUUUCUUCAGAAGGCUGUGGCAUUUCCUUGUUCUCUACGACUGGGAACCAUGAUUUUUGUUUGGUUAUUAUUGCAGAAUGGUUUCAUUUGGAUUGGAGGAUUUUGCUGAAAGAUACGGGACCCUGAAGCCCUCCCAAUUUGUUGAUGUGGUUGCGCUAAUGGGAGACCAAUCUGAUAAUAUUCCAGGUUUGAGCUGAAGUUCUUAUUUUUCAUAGUACCUAUGUAGCCUCAUCUUAGAAAUAACCCCAACUGCUAAUGCAGGAUUCUCCUUAGGCUCCCUAUGUAUAUGAAGGAACUCCACUCAUUUUAGGUUUUAUUUAUUCUUUAAUUUGUUGACAUUUUAGGAAAUAUUUUUUGAUUUGUUGCAAUUCCAGAACCGUCUUAUGACACAUCGUUGAAGGGAAAUUUACUAGAAAAAUUCAGUGAACUGACAUGCCCGAAUUUGAUGUAGUUUGAUGAAGAAAAGUUUGGGGAAACCUGUGUUUACAUCAUUUAGACCUUGUUACACUUUAUGUUGUAAUUUGAAAUGUAAACGAUUGACUACUCACAGAACAGUGAUCGCAUUGAUGACCUUGUUUAUAGAAGGUGAUGGAUAUUAAUUAUUUUUUUUUCGUGAAACAUUCUCUACUGUUGAAUAGGAUGACGUUUCUCUGUGCGAUGUCUACCUUUUAAUGGCUAUUAAUAGACGUUCACAUCAAGUAAUUAUGAGAUUAUAUCACACGAUAGUAGCAAGACAGCAUAUGUUUGGUAUCUUCCAAGAAUUGUUGUGAAUUCUUGUAAAUCAUAAAGAAUUUUUUUCCUGUCUUAUGUCUUAAUUGAGGGUCAGUCUUCGUUUAGAGUCUCUGCACUCCGAAUCAGUUGUUCCUAACCUUGGAGAAAACAUGAUUUUUUUGGUGGUCUUUUAAAACUUUUGACACGAUUUUAAUUGCAGGAGUCAAUGGUAUUGGGAACGUAAAUGCAAUUAAGCUGAUCACUAGGUUUGGUAAGCUCUGUUUCUAUGGCUUAAUGUUAAGCAUGCACGCAUUAUCUUCCCGUCAAUAUAGUUUACUUGUUAAGGUUUUUUCUUAUUUUGAACCAAUGCAUAUUAAUUAGUCGGAAAUAUCUUGUAUUUUAGAACUCAUAUCGUUUUAUUUGAUGACAACAACUAGCGUAGACUGCCAUAUUGUUUUUCAGUAAUUGGAUGCAUCUUAGGUGAUUAUUGUUCCUAUUGAAAUCCUUGUUUCCUGAGUAAGAUUGUGGAUCUUGGACUGCCCUGGAGAUGUUAACCUGCGUUGAUUUUAAGCGUAAUUCACCUAGAUGCUUGUAGAAGAUGGAAUGAAUAGAGAUUUCAAAUCUAUAUCAUAUUUACCCUCUCUUUUUCUACGAUACGACUCAAAUAGCUCCCCUAUUUCGACCUUCUGCAUUGAUGUUUUCCAUCGAAUAGUCCACGACGGGGUCCAUCAAUGAGCACCCCAUUUAUGGGACAUCACCUAAACCAGUGGUUACCAACCACCAGAGUGCAGUUGCCUCGUGGGUGUCCACUAUCGGAUGCCUCGACAGUCAUCAGUUGCGUCAUGGCAUGCAGUCACUUUGUGCCAAACAGCUCACUUCAUUUGUGUGACUCCAUAUUUUAGUAUUACGGUAGCUUUCCUUAUCGUUAAAUCAUCAAAAGCUGUGAGUUAUGAUUGUAUAUGGAUUAUUAUAUGGAGAGUUUACGACAACUUAAAUUGAUUUGGCUUUCACUUCAUCAAUUUGUGUAAUUAUCUCCUCCCUUGACGCCCUAUUAAUAUCUGAUUCAUCAAUUUAUGAAAGACAGCAGGUAUCUGAAGAUCUGCCGAAAUAUCUGUGUUUUCUGAAACUGUGAUUUAUAUCCUUAGACAAAGGCGAUUAGUGUUCGAAUACAAAUAAUCUUACUACGACUUGACAAAUAGUGUAGGCAAAAUCCAUAACUUCACGAUGCCUAUGAGGCCUUCGGUAUCACUGGAUUCUACCUAGAGCUUCACAGCUGGGAGAAUUAGGGUUUCUCCUGGUUUUUUGCUUCUAUGCUAAUCGUGCUUCUAUAUCCGUGGGAGUAACAUAUUUGCUCAUGAGUUGAUCCUCUGAUAUCUCUUGAUUCCUACCUCACAUUGGUAGCUUAAGGACAAGAAUUGCGUCUAAAAUUCACUCGGAAAGAUAAAUGUUUGCCGAAGAAUCCAAAAUAUGGAAAUAUUUCUUUUAUUAUCUAGUGAUGCUUUGACCUAAAUUCAAUUUUUUUUAUGACCUUGAAAAUUGGACAAAACAAGAACCCAGCUUGGCGGAUGUUUCUAGAGAUGGUAACACAUUCCAUGAGAAUUUAGUGUUUGGGAGAGUUUUUAUGGAGCUAUGCUGAUAUAUUCUUCCUAUUGUUAGUCAUGCGCUCAUUGGCUUUCUCUUUGCAUCAGGAACUCUUGAGAACUUGCUGCAUUGUGUUGACCAAGUUGAGGAGGAGCGCAUCAAGAAGGUGAUGCACAUCUAUUCAAGUGCAUGCACUGGGUGACGAUGAUCGGACUCUACCAACUUUCUUUAUUUUUUGAGAUAAUAUUCCCUUAUACUCUAUAUAUAUAUAUAUACAGUAAAUCUGUAAGACAAAACAUCACUAGAAUUGGACCCAUCUUGGAUUCCAUCUUCAUUCCUAAAAUCUCACGUCAUUAUACCUUACAUGCUUCGUGAUCACCUUUCUUUGCAGAUUUUGGUAACUAAUGCCGACCAGGCUCUUCUGUGCAAAAACUUGGUAAUUUCUUUCUUUAAUGUUUUGGUUACUCUCUCAUGCACCAAUACAUUUUGUGCAUUUUAUUUUAUUAUCCUUUACGAUUUGGUAGUUGUUUGGGAAACCGUGCGUGAAAAGACGCUCAUAGCGCAAAUAUACUGCACAGAAUGACGAAAAAGAAGACAAUCAAGGAAAGCUAGUGUACCAUUCUUUUAUCUGGCAUGUAUGAAAGGCUAGUGUAACAAGAAGACUCACAAUAAUUCAUCAACAUAUCAUUUUCUUUCACAAUUGGGAGGCUUUCUUUCAUUGGAAAUAUGAACUUCAAUUCAGAGUUGUGCGCCAUGUAAAAUUUUCAUCUUGGAAUUGGGUACCUGAUUCAAUCCGUACGCUUGAAAUCUUCCUGUUCCUUAACCAAAAUGCUUUUUAAAUGGCUUUUUUUAUCAAGAGUGCAAUGCAGAAUUGGCUACUUGAUUCAAUCCGUAUGCUUGAAAUCUUCCUGUUCCUUAACCAAAGUACUCUUAAUUUCCAAAAAAAAAAACGUUUUAAAUGGCUUUUUAUCAAGAGUGCCAUGGAGAAAUUCUCACGAGGACUAUGCUUUAUUGCAGGCUACACUACGCUCCGAUCUUCCAUCGUAUAUGGUUCCAUUCAGCACAGCCGAUCUUCUGUUUCAGAAGCCUGAGGUUUGUGGAUUUUCCACUGCUGUUGGCAAUCCCAGACGCUGGAACCCGGUUAAUGGGACCUACCCUCUGCAUAUUGUGUAGGAUAACGGAGAGAAAUUCAUCAGCCUCCUGAGGGCCAUGGGAGCCUACGCGGAGGGUUUUUCUCCAGAGCCCGUCAUCGGAAGAGCCUUGUCUCUGUGGAGAAAACUUCAAGCCUGA